GACGCCCGCGCCGUCAGGGCUGGGUCCCUCCCUCUUAAAGGGGAAGUGAUACUGCGGCAACGCCUGGCGUGAUGCAAGGCUUGCCGAGCGGAGGCGCCGCCGCCAGGAAGCAACGGGGGUCGGCAGCGACGUGAGGCCUUGGGCUGGGAAGCAGGAUAAGGAGCCGAACAUGAGCAAGCCCGUAACGACUUCAACCUACGUCCGCUGCAUCAGCUACGGGCUCAUGAGGCGGCUGGCAGAUUUCAUCGACCCUCAGGAAGGGUGGAAGAAAUUAGCUGUAGAUAUAACUGAUCCCUCUGGUGAAAGCAGAUACAACCAAAUGCAUAUAAGGAGAUUUGAGGCAUUUGUACAAAUGGGGAAAAGCCCCACAUGUGAAUUACUUUAUGACUGGGGAACAACAAACUGUACAGUUGGUGAUCUUGUGGAUCUACUGAUUAGGAAUCAAUUCUUAGCACCAGCAAACCUUUUGCUUCCAGAAGCUGUAAGGACAGCAGAAGAAGUUAGGUUGCCUCUUUCUUCACAGGAAACUUUGCCUAUAGGUGAGAAACAGAUGCCUAUACAGGCAGAAGUGGCAUCAGUAAAACCUGUUUUAGCUCAGAGUACUGAGGAGCCACGUUCAUCUCCUGCCUGCUUAAGUCAAGAAAGUAAAGGCUCUGAGUUUAAUAGCACAGAUUUCCAUAACUUUGGGUUUCAAGACUUGGAAAGUAUUACAAAUAAUUUUGAUAUGCGACCAGAAUCAGCAGGAGGCAAUAAACUGGGAGAAGGUGGCUUUGGAGUUGUGUUCAAAGGCUACAUCAAUGGCAGAAAUGUGGCUGUUAAGAAGCUUGUUCCUAUGGUUGAUGUUAGUGCUCAAGACUUAAAAGAGCAAUUUGAUCAAGAAAUAAAAAUUAUGGCAAAGUGUCACCAUGAGAAUCUAGUAGAAUUACUUGGCUUCUCAAGUGAUGGUGCUCAGCCAUGUCUGGUGUAUGAGUAUAUGCCCAACGGUUCAUUGCUUGACAGACUUGCUUGUCUGGAUGACACUCCACCAAUUCCUUGGAAUACAAGAUGUAAAAUUGCUCAAGGUACUGCAAAUGGCAUCAACUUCUUGCAUGAAAAUAACCAUAUUCACAGAGAUAUUAAAAGUGCAAAUAUCUUAUUAACUGAUACAUAUACGCCCAAAAUUUCUGACCUCGGACUUGCAAGAGCAUCUGUAUUAUUCACACAAACAGUCAUGACUGAAAGGAUUGUUGGAACAGCAGCCUAUAUGGCACCUGAAGCUCUGCGAGGAGAGAUAACAUCUAAAGCUGAUAUCUUCAGUUUUGGAGUAGUUUUACUGGAAAUAAUAACAGGCCUUCCUCCAGUAGAUGAAAAACGGGAUCCGCAGUUACUGUUAAGUAUCAAAGAUGAAAUUGAGGAUGAGGAAGCAACUAUUGACGAUUAUGUUGAUGAAAAAAUGAGUGACUGGGAUGCACCUUCAGUUCAUAAAAUGUAUUCAGUUGCUGGACAGUGUCUGAAUGAGAAAAAAAACAGAAGGCCAGAUAUUAAGAUGGUCCAACAGCAACUAGAAGUGAUAAAAACUUGAUACAUGUUUAUUCUAAUACACAAAUGCUUUUGUAACGGAGUGGAACCCAGCAGAAAAUGUUUUAUUAGUAUUUAGUGCACUAUCAUCAGCUUUUCUGCUUUCCAGAACUUUCUGUUCUGCAUGUAAGGUGUGUUGUUGGCCUGUCAGCACUGUGCUCUUGUUAAGCAGCCUUUUCAAAUGUCCUUGAACACUGGGCCUUCAGCAUGAGAAAACUUCUUUUGUAUUUGUAAGUUGCAGUACUGGUACAUUCUUUUGUAUUUCCCCUGGCGCAGCCUGAGGCUGUGUCCUCUCGUUCUGGCGCUGGCCACCUGAGAGAAGAGAGCAACCUCCUCCUGGCCACAACCACCCUUCAGGUAGUUGUAGACAGCAAUGAGGUCACCCCUGAGCCUCCUCUUCUUCAGGCUAAACAAUCCCAGCUCCCUCAGCCUCUCCUCGUAGGGCUGUGCUCAUGGCCUCUCACCAGCCUCGUCACCCUUCUCUGGACACGCUCAAGCAUUUUGAUGUCCCUCCUAAACUAGGGGGCCCAGAACUGAAUACAGUACUCAAGGUGAGGUCUAACCAGUGCAGAGUACAGGGGCAGAAUGACCUCCCUGCUCCUGCUGACCACACCAUUCCUGAUGCAGGCCAGGAUGCCACUGGCUCUCUUGGCCACCUGGGCACACUGUCAGAAUCUGAUACUUUCAAUUUGCAAGUAUCACAUGCUGCAAAGGCAUGUGAUUAGAGUAAAGAUAAUUUUCUGCUAAUUGCCUUUUGAUCAUUGUAGCAGACCUCUUCGUAUUGAAGAUAAAAACAUUUAUUGCAUAGAAAUGACAUUUUCUUUUCAGGGAAAAAAAAUAAUAGUACCCAUUUAAAACAAACUUUAUUCAACAUUUUGAUUUGAGAGUUCCUGUUAGUGUGAGUGGACAGCCAAGUGUUCAUGCAUGUGACUGUUUCUCAACAUAUGCUGUAGGCUGACUUUGAUUUCAAGGAUACCCAAACAAAGUAAUUGUCUUGCAGUGCAAAUGCAAAAAAAAAAACAAAAACAAACCAUGGGGCUUUCUUCCAGUGAACUCUGUGUGAUAACAAACAUUGUCAUUUUUGUUCAUAAGCACACUCUAAGCUUCUCUGAGUGUUUCACACUUCAGGGGCAGAUUCUGGAUGGAUUAUAAAAGCAUAUGGUUAUUUCAUGAAAAGGGCCAGAAUAAUAAUUCUGUUAAGACCAAGUCUGUGUUUUCCUUAGAUCAUUAAGCCUUUUUUGACAAAAAAAAAGGUGGUAUAUUAAUAACUAAAUGUUAAAAUAUGCUUUAGAAAAAAGCAACAUGGAUAGCUUUAUAAAAUAGAAACAUUGACAGAUCAAAGCAGUCUAAAAAUGGAAUAAAAGUAGCUAGUGAGAUUCCAGAUACUUGGGACUUAGUUGGUAUGCAAACGCUGUUGUAAACGAAAGAGGAUAUUCUCAUAUAAAUCUUUAUUGCACGUCAUGAACUUUUUCAUGACAGCUUAGGGGUAGGAAAAUGGUCUGGCUUACAGCUGAAUUUGAAAUUCCAGGAUUAUCAGUGAAAAACACUGAGAAAUGAUCUAACAGGAAUAUGUAUAUUACAUCUUUGUGCAAACAUGUGAUUUCUAACACUUGGUUUUAUGUCAUUUAACCUCUGGAUGUUAACUCAUUCUGUACUGCCUUUUUCAAACAGUUCAAUUUAGAGAAAGGUGUCUACCUAACCAGCUUCUGCAUCUAUUGAGCAUGAAUUGUAACAAGCUGUUCAUAUAAAUAAGUCAUUGCAGGUGGUUAUUCCUGCUAUUCAAACUUUGAGGCUUGGAUACAGCAGUCAUUUUGCAUUGCUUUCAUUUCUGAUAAUGACAUUAUGCAAACCUCACUGCGUGGAAUAAAGCUGCAGAGCUCUGAUCCUGGGCUUGUGGAGAAAAAAGCUGCUAUAAAGCUAAAUCAGAAAAAAAAUCUGCUGCAACCAUUCUUCAGUUUUAAACAUUUCCAGCUGUUACAUGAAAGUUUCUUAUUAGGUCACAUCUGCUUUUUCCUAUCCCUGGAGCUAGAAUACAUCCAUAGUGUUGUCCUGAAAUGUUAUUUGUUGUAGCAACUUAACACAUGGUGUCAGCAUUGUUCACCUCUGGUUGGCAGAACAAUUUUGUUUAUGUACAGGAUAUGAUGUUCUAAGCAUUAGGAGAGUCCUGGCUACAAGCAGGUGAGUUCCUGCUCUUCUGGUGUACUGGACCAAGGCUACUUGCAGUGUUGUUAGAACCUGUUUUGACAGUAGCUUUCCCUUGCUCACUGAAAAUGAAGCAUGUUAGCAACCAUUUCAUACAGGAAGAAAAAAAAUUUGAACUCAUUUAGUGUUAUCCUAGUUAGGAAAGAAAAUGUGAGAUAUUAAGGAAUUGGGUAAAGCUGGUCAACUUCCAUGGCAAUUACUGUUAAAAUACAAACACACACAGGGGCAAGAAGGAGCUUUCCCCUUACACCUCUUAGUGUUUUGUUUGGGGAUUUUUGUUGGGGCUUUAUGAGGCCUUCAUACACUGAAGUCAGGACCUAUAGACACUAACAGGGUGUAAGAGGAGAUAACUUCUCUGCAAAAACACUAAAAUCACCUACGGUCCAUACUUCUUUAAAGGAGGUAGUAAGCAAGAAGAAAUGAAAUGCCUUUGUGAGUCAGACCAGAACUCCCUCCACAGCACCAGGGCCUGGACGUGAGUCUUUAGUGGCUGCUGAGGAAAGAAGGCAAGAACAGAACACAUGUGAGGAUAUUACAUUCUUCUCUCAAAUUCUAGUUCAAUCCAUCUUCAGCUUUCCUUCUUUCGCCUGCAAAACUGUGGUAUCACUGAUUUUGCCAUGAGGAUAUAUUGGCAGGACGGUCAAAAGCUAAGGCACUAAACAUACUUUUCAGCUUGAAUUUUGUGGGAAAUAGAAAUAAAUAAAACAAGACACCUUCAGUUUAGGCAAAUACUUUAAUGGAACAGCAUCAUUUGAAUAGUUUAAUUAUACUUCCUCACGCGAACAAGUAACCACAGAACUAGUAAAUUACCAGUUGACCUCGUGAGGUUCACCAAAGUCAGGACAACCCUCAUUAUCAAUACAGGCUGGGGGAUGAUGAAGUUAAGAGCAGCCCUGUGGAAAAGGACCUGGGGGUACUGGUGGAUGAAAAGCUGGACAUGAGCCAACAAUGUGCACUUGCAGCCCAGAAGGCAAAUUGCUUCCUGGGCUGCAUCAAAAGAGGAGUGUCUAGAUCAAGAGGUGAUUCUGCUGCUCUGCUCUGCUCUGGUGAGACCUCCUUUGGGAGUAUUGUGUCCAGCUCUGGGGCCCUGAAGGACAUGGACCUGAUGGAGCAGGUCCAGAUGAGGGCCACAAAAAUGAUCAGAGGUCUGGAGCACCUUUGCUUCCAGGAAAGGCUGAGUUCAGGUUGUUCAGCCUGGAGAAGAGAAGGCUCUUGGAAGACCUUUUUUAGUGCCCUUCUAAUACCUGAAGGGGGCCUACAAAAAAGCUGGGUAAGGACUAUUUGCAAAGGCAUUUAGCAAAAGGAUCAUGGCAGUGGUUUUAAACUAAAGGGUAGAUUUAGAUUGGACAUUAGAAGUUCUUUACUAUGAGGGUGGUGGAACACUGGAACAGGUUGCCCAGUGAGAUGGUGAAGGCCCCAUUCUUGGAGAUCCACAGUCGGCUUGAUGGGGCUCUUAAGCAACCUGAUUUAGUUGGGGAUGUUCCUGCUUAAUAAGCAGAGGGAUUGGACUGAAGGACCUUCAAAGGUCCCUUCCAAUAUGGUGCAUUCUAUGAUUCUGUGAUUUCAACAUUCUGGAGAAGUUUUUGAAGUAGCUUAUUAAAAGCAUAAAAAUCUGAAGAGACACCUGGA